UUAGACAAGCAAAUUAAGAAAGCUUAAUUAAUUUCUUCAUCUUUUUUCCUUUUUUUUUCAAAUGGCAACUCUAAAUUUAUUUUCUGUUUUCAUAAUUUAUUUUGCAAUUGUAUUGAGAUUUGUUAAUUCACAAGGCCUUGAAGUAGGGUUCUACAAGAAAACAUGUCCAAAUGUUGAAAAAAUUGUGAAAAAGGCUGUUGUUGACUAUGUUUCUAUUGCUCCUACUUUGGCUGCUCCUCUGUUGAGAAUGCAUUUUCAUGAUUGUUUUGUUAGGGGAUGUGAUGGUUCAGUGUUACUUAAUUCUACUAAAAGUAAUCAAGCUGAGAAAGAUGCAAUUGCAAACCUAAGUCUAAGAGGAUUCCAAGUGAUUGAUGCUGCUAAAUCUGCUUUAGAAAAACAAUGUCUUGGCGUUGUAUCUUGUGCUGAUAUUUUAGCCUUAGUAGCUCGUGAUGCUGUUUCACUGAUUAAUGGACCAACAUGGCAAGUACCAUUGGGAAGAAGAGAUGGGAGAGUUUCAAUUCUUUCAGAAGCCACAACAAAUUUACCAACUCCUUUUGAUAAUUUCACUACUCUAAAAACAAGAUUUGGUUCAUUAGGUCUAAGUGUAAAAGACCUAGUUGUUUUAUCAGGUGGACACACGCUUGGAGUAUCACAUUGCUUUUCGUUUGGUAGCCGUAUGUACAAUUUUACUGGUAAAGGUGAUAUGGACCCAAACAUGGACCAAAAAUAUAUAGCCCAAUUGAAGACUAAAUGUAAGCCCAAUGAUGUGACAACCACAGUUGAAAUGGACCCUGGAAGUUUCAAAACAUUUGACACUGAUUAUUACAAUUUGGUUAGCAAAAGAAGAGGCCUUUUUGUAUCUGAUGCAACACUUCUCACAAAUAAACAAACAAAAGAUUAUGUUUUGGCACAAUUAAGUUCGAGGGGAUCAACUUUUUUUGAGGAUUUUGGGGUGUCAAUGGUGAAUAUGGGAAAAAUUGGAGUCCUUACUGAUAAAUCGGGCGAAAUUAGAAAAAAGUGUGCUUUUAUAAACUAAGAGGAAUAAUUUUGUGAAGUUAUUUCUCUAUCGUCAUUUUUUGUAUCGUUUUCUUUUCCUAAUCAAUUCACCAAGAAUGUAUCUUUGUGGUGGUAAAUGUACCUUUGUUGUAAUUUACUAGUUUGUUAAGUUUAA